CAAAAGUAAAAAGAGAAGAAAAGAUUAAGCAAAAAAGAAGAGCUAAAAAAAAAAAUUCCCUACAAUAACAAAACAUAAGCUGAGUUAGUUGAACGCAGUCAACACCAUAAAGGGCAAAGCAAGGUGCAAGCUUGAAGUUAAAAAAGUCAUUGGUAGGACAACAGCGAACUGGCGGACAAGCUAACACACAUGAACGCGAAAAGUUGUUUGUCAACUUGUAGCGUCGCAAUUGUACGUUGAGCCGCAAAGGUACUUCGGAAAGGUAGCAUUUAACAAGAACAGUUGUUCCCCGUGACCAAAAGUGGUCACUCCAAUUCAAAAUUGACAAAACAGACGAAACUGACAAAAUUGACGAAAUUGACAAAACUGACAAAAGCAACGACAUCGUCGUACAGCGUACAACGUACAACGUACAACGUACAAACAUUAUUAACGCACCUACACACACGCAAGUGCAGCAACAUAAUUGGGAGGCUUAAUUGCGGUUGGCAUUAACUUUUGCGAUGGCAGCCGUCACACGCAGUGCAAGUGCAAGUCCAUCUGUGGCACAAAAUUUGGCAGUGGAUCCUAGUUUGUUUCCAUUGAAAUCUAUUAGUGAUGUGAUAAACUUCUUUCGGCGCUCCGUAGAGACGCCGGGUACUGAACCAGAUUUGACUUUGCUUUCAAUUGUUGCUGGCUACAUUGAAAUUUCCUUAACAACUGGCGAGGCAGCGCAAGGAGCAGCUCAAGGAGCAGCGACAAGUAAUUGCUUACCAGCAGCGCAAAAUGCGGAUGUAAUAAUGGGUAAUUCGGUACCUUUUCCGGUUGUCACACACGAUUUCAUUUCGGGCUUGUACAAGAAAUUCCAAACCAUACUUGCCGUAGUUGAAAAACCAAAAUCUGCGCAUAAUCGUCAAGCAACGCGCGAAGUAAUCAAGAAAGUUUCUGAUGUCAUUUGGCAUUCGUUAAUACGCAGCAGUCAUAAGGAUCGUGCACAUCUACAGAACCUCUAUAGUUACCUAUCAGGCAAUAAACUUGACUGUUUUGGUGUUGCUUUAGCUGUUGUGGCCGGUUGUCAAUUGCUUGGUUAUCGUGAUGUGCAUUUAGCUAUAUCAGAAGAUCAUGCUUGGGUGGUGUUUGGUAAUAAGCGCCUGGAAACUAUAGAAGUAACAUGGCAUGGUAAAGGUACGGAGGAUAAGCGUGGACAAGAUAUAACACCUGGUAUUGAGUCUGGUUCUUGGUUAUAUCUGGGUGGUCUAGCUGUAGUUUGUGAUAGAUCUAUGGAAGUAGCGGCUAUAGUGUCAGCUAUAAACAUUUCACUUACGACCAAUAGUGAUUGUGUUGAAGUGGCUGAGUUACAACAAAAAUUGCUAUGGUUAUUAUAUGAUAUGGGUCAUUUGCGCAAAUAUCCUAUGGCUUUGGGUACACUAGGCGAACUUGAAGAAAUUUCUCCCUCGCAAAAUGGUAUGACUUGUGAGCAACUUUAUCGCGAAUCAAUAAAAUCGGCACGUGCAUAUUAUAGCAAUCAUCAUGUUUAUCCACACACAUAUUUGGGUAAUUAUUUCAAUCGUUUGCUCAAGUAUCGAGAAGCGUUUGCAUCUUGGGCGAACGCUGCUGAUGUCAUACGCUUAUAUACCUACAAUUGUCGCGAUGAUGAGGAGAUCUACAAGGAGCUAUUGGAUAUUGCUAAUGAUAUGAUACCAUAUGUUAUGAAAACUGAAGGAUCAGGACAUUCGGCACGUAGUAUUCUGCGUGAUUCUGAGGUAUUUGCGAAUUUGUUGCGUUUCUAUGAUGGCAUCUGUCAAUGGGAAGAAUACAGCCUGACACCAAUUUUACACAUCGGUUGGGCCAAGCCAUUAGUGAAUAAUAUAACAAAAUUCGAUUAUGAUAUACGUUCGCAAGUGGUUAUCAAAGUGCCGGAGGAUGAAGAGGCUGCACUGAAUCAUGUUAAGGGAACAGAGGCUGUUGCAGGCGGUAAUGCCACCGAAAAACAGGAAGUACAUGAGGCUAAAAAGGAGACUAAUAAUGCACAGACGACUAUGCAAAUAGAAGGAAAUAAUAAUAAUUUAGUUAAAAAUGAUGAGAAAUAUCAACAUGAUGUCAAAAAGACGGACAUGUCUACGACAUUGGCAGAUUUGACCGCUGCAUGUGGUCAAAAGAUUUUAAACCCUGAUUUUCUUCUACAAGGUGGUGGACAACCAUUUGCUGAGCAGAAACAGCAAGAACAACAAGAUCAUCCCAUGCAUAACAACAACAAUAUUAAUAAUAUUAAUAACAACAAUAAAGAGGCUAACAAUGGGACUGAAACUACAAAAUCAACAUCAACAUCAAUUACAACUACAACAACAGCAGCAGCAACAACAACAGCAAUAACAACUACGGCUACAACAUCGUCAUCAGCAGCAGCAGCACUGCCGCAAGCUUCAGUAUAUACAACAACAACAACACCAACACCAACAACGACAACGACAACAACCAAGUUGGAUGCAUUACCCAAAGAAGAGGAUCCUUUUGAAUUUAUGCUUAAGCGUCCAGUGAUAACAUUAUAUAGUCAAAAAAUGAAAGGACUCAAAGACUUAUUGCUGGCCGAAAAAUUGAAUACACAUGCAAUAUCAUUGCAGGUUACAGCACAAUCAGUUGCCAGCAAAAAAGUGCGUGGCAUCGAUAAAAUGGGCAAUCAUACGACAAAUUCAACAUAUGCUACAGCAAAUGUUAGUACCGCUACCGUGCAUCAGAAUGUUCCAGAUACAACCGCAGAUUCAAUCGCUGCAUCACGUCCAAAACGAACACGCCGUGAAUGAGUUAUGUGUUGUCGAAAAUGCAAGCGGUCGCGAUGUUCUACUGUCGUUCACGUAAUAAUAAAACAAUAUAUUGGAAUCUUUAGUCAUAGCCUAAGUAUACAGAAAUGUACUGCUUCUUCAUACUUCUUUGCAGAUCUAAACAUUCUGUUUAUAAUUUUGUAUUUUUCUAAUUCAAAUUAAAAAUUUAGUUAAUCACCCGAUAGUUAGUGACAUUAGUGGUUUUCAAGAUCUUGUAAAAAACAGCUCGAUAGCCGAGUAACCGAGUAACCGCUUAAGUAGAUAAUAGUCUUAAAUAUAGUCUUAAUAAUAUUAUUAAGUCUUAAUAAUAGUCUUAAUAGUUUACAAAAACAAAAUACACAGAAUUUCGAAAAUUCGAAAAUUCACAAAAGGGCACAAAAAAUCAAAAAAACUAUAGCGAGCGAAAAAAAAACAAAACUAUUGUCAGACUACCAGUUAGUGUGACAAUAGUUAGAGAAGGAAAAAAUAAUAAUAAGAGCGAAAAAUGCAUCUCUCUGAGUAAAUUGCAUUAUAUACUCAUCAUUUUGUACUACUAUUGUUUCUCGGUUCCCGAGCUAAUUACUAGAGAUUGUAAAUACCACCACUAACAGUUACUAUUUGUUUGAAAAAAAAAAUCCUUUUUAAUUGGCAUGAAAGUCUUUCGU